AAAUAAAUAGUCCUUUGCAGUGAAAGAAGUGAAGGCCUCAUGGCGGCCUUGGCAAGACAUGCCACUCUUGCCCGGCCUCUCAUACAUAGCUGGAGAACUGCCAAAGCAGUUGCAGUUCCGCGCGUUGCUCAAGCUCCACGGAAUUUCUGGGGGUGGGCAGGAGCACUCACUGUCUGUUUGGCACUGGCAGCAAAGCCUGAGAGGAGGACUCACUGUCAGGUGGCCCAAGCUGCACAAAACUCAUCGUCAUGUGUUCGUUUGAUAUCUCGAGAAGCUGGACAAGAGCAGGGAAAGCCAGCAAAGCAGGUCAAGCAAGUUGUGGUGCUCAUCCAUGGCCUGGACUCUUGGUCAGGCACCUGGGAGAGCCUCAUGGAAGAUCUGGCGAAACGCGGCCUGCACACGCUGGCUGUUGACUUGCGAGGUCAUGGGGAAUCACCACUGGGAAAAGCCGAUGACUUCUCGCCGGAGCAGCUUGCAGCAGACGUCAGAUCCACCCUCCAGGCCGCAGGGCUGCUCGACGUCUCUGGGUGCGUCGCCCUGGUGGGACACAGCAUGGGUGGGCGCAUUGCCAUGCAGUACGCAGCAGACUAUCCACAGGAUUUGAGCUUGCUGGUGAUUGAGGAUAUGGAUUGCGUGCCUCGAUCAUAUCCAUCCCUUGAGGGGCAGAAGCUGCAGAAUUGCAAGAACUUCUCAAGAGAAUUUAAAUCUUGGGAGCAGGCUCGAGAGACCUUGAUCUCUUUUGGCUACGACCCAGAGAGGGUGGAUGGCUGGUAUGCAAGCUCACCUCCAAGAGUAUACAAGAAGAAUGGAGCAGUUUGGAGCUGCAUCAAUCCUUUUGCGCAGUAUUUGGCCAAGCAGACUGUUCUGAACUCAUCGCAAGGUCAGAGGAGCUUGCAACAGAUUGCAGCCUUGAAGGUCUCCGGAAUUGCUGACUAUCCUGUGCAUGUUUGCGUUGCAGGUCCGGAAGGCACUGUUUGCUCCUGGGAUGCGCCGGGUGGGCUUCGAGACAUGGAAUCAGUUCUACCUUCGCUACGUGUGCAUGAGUUCAGUGGGGGCCAUUCGAUCCACAACACGGACAGACCUGGUCGCUUUGGCGCUCGAUGAAUGCUUCUGUCGAUCUCCACUGUCAAUCUUCCACAAUUAUUUUGUUUAUGGUUUUGCCCAGGCCUAGUGAUGUGUGAGUCCUUCCCACACAUUUUUUGAUGGGUUUGAUCUGGCAUUUGCGUGUACUUCUGGUAAACCUUUGUCCCACAACAAUUUGGAAGGACAGCGCUCACUAGCUGGAACUCAUUGUUGACAAGAUCUGGGGAGACAAAGACACAAGGAACAAGCGGUCUAAAAUCAGUCCACAGGUUGAGAAACAAAGACAGGAGACAAAGAAGGCAAGAAACAAUGAUGAGGAUGAGGCAAUGACAAACUUCAAAGAGCGCAAAACCACACAUCCUUUUCUUGAAUCGUCAGCAAGUCAUGUGCGCACGCACAAUGCAAUCAAAGCGCAUCACAACCUGUAAGACGUGCAAACUAUUUUGUAAGUGACCUUGCUAUCGACAAAAUUUGCAAUGCAUCAUUGUGUUUCUCUCGUCAAUGUGGGUUGCUUCUAGAAUCCUGCAUACUUCAGUACACGGUUCACAUGGCCCUGUUCAGGAGUUGCAGAGAUUUGCCAACUUUCUGGAAGCGUUGCUAUUGGAGUGCAGAAAUUGAUUAAAAGCAGCGGCGGAGCUUUGCAAAAGUAAUUUGAGCAGGAAACCUCCGGUACCAUGUAUUUGUUCAAGACCGCAAUUGGAGUAAGCCCAUUAAGUCUUCAUGAUCAUUGAAGAUCCAUGAGAACCAUACUUGCUAUGGCCUCCACCCUAAUAGCGAUGGCC